UGAGCUUACUUUAUUCCCCGUGCCUCUUCCCGUCUGCUGUGGUGAGAUGGACAAGAGCUCGGGGUACGAUGCGAUUACACCACCGCCAUCACUUGAGACGUUUCAAAAACAAAAUCACUUAUUCGAUCUCAUCACCAUGCUGCAGUGACAUGAGCAAGAAAUCAUACUGGGAUCAAUUCUAUACAAAGAAGCAAACUGACCAAUCCCCUUCAUUUGAUUGGUUCUUUUCUCACGACGUAGCCAAUCAGUGGCUUUCAAUGUACAUAACUCAGGAGAGGACACCCAAUCAGGUCAUGAACAUUCUGGAGCUCGGGUGUGGCACCUCAUCACUCUCAAGUAACUUGCUCAAGGAAGUGGAGGAUUGUAGGCUCGUCAGUAUUGACUUCUCCCCAUCUGCAGUCCGAAAAGCCCAAGCUAUCUCUCAUGAAGCCAAGAAACAACCACUCAAAGCUAUCUCUCAUGAAGCAAAGACAAGACAAGCCCAAGCUAUCUCUCAUGAAGCAAAGACAAGACAAGCCCAAGCUAUCUCUCAUGAAGCAAAGACAAGACAAGCCCAAGCUAUCUCUCAUGAAGCAAACACACGACGAGCCCACGCAAUCUCCCUUGAAGCAAAGAAACAACAAGCCCAAGCUGUAUCUCAGUCUCAUCAAGCAAAAACACCUUUACUCCACCAAGAUGACCCAAUUCAGUUCUUAGUAGCAGAUGCAACACGACUCCCGUUCAGAAACAACCAAUUUGACAUUGUACUUGAGAAGGGAACAUUUGAUGCAAUGCUUAACACGAAAAACAGCGAACUUGCCAGGUGCGCAUUUAGUGAAACUGCGCGGGUUUUGACACCAGGCGGAAUAUUUCUACAAUUUUCUGAUGAGAAUCCUGAUUUGAGGUUGUCUUUUCUUGAAGAGGCCCUUCGUCUGAUUAGUGUAGAUAGAGGGUGGGUGUCAGUUACCUACCGGGAGAUUGGUUCUUCCUUUGGGAUAGAAUACUUUCUUUAUCUUACAAAAUUUACCAACUCUUGUUUAUAACGAAUAUUUAAUGAAUGAACACUUUGAGCAAUGUUACAUUAAGAUUUAGAAUGAUAGUCAGCUUUGUAAAAGGUGCAUUCAGCGACAAUCAUGGCUACACAUUUUCUUGAGUGUGGUUUGUGUUGUGAACAAUUGCGGAAGAGAAAUCGAAAAUAAAGUCAUAGUUAUUCUAAGAUACAUCUCAUAAAUAUGACUUAUUUGACAUAAGUCAUAAAUUAUGAUUUACGACUUAUAGUACUUUUUAAGUAUAGAGAUUUAUUGAGUCUUAAAGGGAAGGUACACGAAUGGGAAUUGUCAAAGACUGGUCUUCUCAAUUGGUGUAUCCCAUUAUAAGCAUAA